AUGGGCGGGUUUUCAUUAUUAUCGCGGUCGACAAAGCCGAUCUAUGCAAAAGUUAGCACGAUGGAAGCCGACUUGGACAGAAUCGUUCUUGAGGUUUUCAUAUCAUUUUGAGUUGUAAUCCGUUUUAUGAAAUUUUCAGCGAACCUGGACUGGUAGAAACUUAUUUGACGCAGUUUGUCGGAUAAUCGGCCUCCGGGAAGUUUGGUUUUUUGGCUUGCAAUUCACAAACAAGAAGAGGAUCCCUUGCUGGUUGCAAAUGGAUAAGACGGUCAGUUCAUUGAAUUUAUAAAUUCUUCAUUCAAAGAACUUUCCAAAUUUUUUUUUCAAGUAUUUUCAUUAGGUUGUUUAAAGGAGCACAGACUCUAUUUUUCCUCGAAUCUUUAAAGCGAAAAGCCGUUUUCAUAUUUCUUGGGUUCUUGUAAGAAUAUUAGAUAUUUUGUUCAAGCCCUCUUCAGUUCUGCUGAAAAUAUUUCCUUGAAAAGGGGGUUAUUCUCUGGGCCCUCCCCGUCUCUCGACUUCCCUCUCCUGUUGACGUAAUAUUUUCACGUUACUCUGACCUCACCGGUGAGGGAACAGAGAGACGCAGCCACUUGAAAACUGUCAAGUCGCGGCGAACAUCCUAUAAAAGUCUUGAAAAUUUUUUCCAGAGAAAAAAGGAAAAAAUUUUCGUUUUCUUAAAAAAAAAGUUCAGAUAUGCAGCCAAGACGUGCCCAACGAAUCGGAUGGAAGCCUCCAUUUCCUGUUCCUCGUCAAAUUCUACCCGGAAGACGUCGAACCCGAACUCAUCCUCGAUCUAACCCGUCAUCUUUUCUUCCUGCAAAUCAAACAAGCCAUCCUUUCGAUGGAUCUGUACUGUUCGCCGGAAGCCAGUGUCCUUCUCGCCAGUUUUGCCGUUCAAGCAAUGGUUUGCUCAUUUUUCUCACUUCAUUUUAUUGAUUUUGAAACAGAAGAACUUUAUUCGAAGAAAAUUUUUUGUUACAGGACACAACUUUUUUCUGUUUGAAACGUAAGUUUCAUGUUGUAUCGUGCUGUUUUUGUGGGGGAUUUUAAGAUUUUUUCUCAUUUUUUGGGAUAAAGUUUUUGGGAAAAUUUUUAGUGGCACUAUAGAGUCAAUCCAGUAUUCCUUCCAGUAACUCUGAUAAUUAAAAAAAACAGAGUGGACCAGUUAUGACGAUUCAUUGACCCCUAAAGUGGUCUAGUAGUCUAGUAGCACUUAGACCUCUACAGUGACCACUAAUUUUCAACCCCUUAAGUGGCCAUUAAAACGUCAAAACCCUAUAGUGGCCAAUUUUUACAAAUCAACUGAGAGUUCAAUAAUUUUUUUCGAUGGAAUGAUCAAUAUUUUUUUAACAACUGCAUUUUUUUAGAAAGAAAGGAAAAAUUUUUUUAUUGAUAGGUUUCAUGGAAAAUUCCAACUUUUUUUCAUUUUUGUAGUGAGUUUUCGAAAAAAAUACUAAAUAGUCGAGAUUUUUCCGUAGAAAAACAUUUUUCGAAAAAAAGUUUUUGAGAUUUUUGAACUUUCAUUAAAAACUCUAGAUUUCCCUUUCGAGGAGAAACGAUAUUUUUCAUUCUAUGUUCAUUAUAAAAUAUCUUGGAAGCUUUCUAUCUUUGAGAGAUAUUUUCCGAGAUUCUGAGCGGUUUCAAUGUUUUUUAUCCCUGGAGAAACUAAUUUCGCCCUUCAAAUAUAUGUUGUAGAAGCGUUGAAAGCUUCUCGUUUUGGACUAGUUUUUUCGAUUCUGAGUUUCUAGGCUUUUUUUAAAAUUGAUUUUGCAGCACGGCGAUUGUACUGACGACGUCGGACCCUUGGAUCUGGAAAAGUUGUUGCCGAAAAGCGUGAUCGACCAGUACGACAUGAGCGCCGACAUGUGGAGGGAGAGGAUCAAAAGAUGGUGGAUGAAUAAUGCCGGCCAGACUAGGUGCAUAUCAUGACUUCCUGAAGGGAUGAAAUGGAAGAAAAACGCCUGUAGGGGUAAAAUUUAGGUGGUCCCUAUAGGGGUUUGGGGUCUUAAAAGGGAAGCUUAAUAAAUUCUUUCUCGCAUGGAAAUGCUCCUUCUCACAGGAUUCAUAACAAUAAUCGGCUAGCAUGUCCCCUACACGGGCCACUUUUGCAAGCUUCAGUGGUCCCUACAGGAGAGUUAAGCGGUCGCUAAAGAGAAACCUUCAAGGGCCUUUAGGUUGCCCCUACAGGGAUCACUCUGGAGUUACAAAGAUAUCCUCAUAAUUUUUAUCGAUUUUCUUCUGAAGGGAAGAAGCCGAAAUGGAAUAUCUACGCGUGGCUCAGGACCUCGAGAUGUACGGCAUUUUGUACUAUCCGAUUUGUGUCAGUUCAUUUCUUUGCUAUUGUGAUUUCAAAAGAAAAUCCUCGGAAUAAGCUCAAAAAUCAGCUAAAAACCUCAUUGCUUUGUUUUUAUCAUGAUGUAGAAGCUUGGAAUAAAAUCUCAUUGAAUUUUAGAUAUUUUUUUCUAAAAGAAAAAUGGGUCAUGUUUGGUUUGGAAAAACGCUUCAAAUAUUUACGAUUCAUUCCUUUUUUUCAUUGCUAUCAUAAAUUGAAUUUUUUUCAAUGAAAUGUCAAUGGAUGUCCACGUACGCAGAAAGAACUAAAUUUCCAAGAUAAGAAAUUUCAAAUUUUUUUAUUAGAGAAUUACGUUCAAAAUUGAAAUUAACUAUAAAAAAAUCGGUUUCUUUAAGUUUUUAAAAUGCUUUGGUUAUUUUCCCCAUUUUUGAAUCAAAAAUAUUUUUCUAUUCUUAAAAAAAGUUUCAAGUCGUUCCCAUGACCUCAAUUUUAGGAAUUAAUGAUUUUCAGAACAAGAAAGAGACGGAUUUGCACCUAGGGAUUUCCGCUCAAGGAUUGGGUAUUUAUAAAGGUAUUUAUUUGUUAUAAAAAUGUAGAGGUAAAUAUUUUAUCUGCAGGUGGAAAUAGGAUAACGCCGAGGCCGUUUUUCAGUUGGAGCGAAAUCAAAAAUAUCCAGUUUAAGAGCAAAAAAAGGUUGGUAUUAAAGGGGUGAUUCCAGAUGAAAAAUAGGAAAAUAAGGUUGUGGGAAUAUUUAUUUCGAUCUUGAAUGUGAAACAAAAUCAUAAAAUUAUAUUUCAUAAACUAACCAUUAGGACUUAUUUUUCUUUUUCAAAAAUUUUUUUCUGAAUCCUGAUUACUUUUUUUGUAUGGGAAGAAAACUAGUUGAUUCCAGAAAGCUGGAAAUCAGAAUAAAAAAAGUUGAAAUACCAAUAUUGCUUUUUGGCUUUUUCAGUAGAAAAAAAGAGAAAUCGCAAUUAUAUUCCUGUUCUAAGAAUUUAUACGUAUAAAUCCAACAAUUUUUUUAAAGAUAAAUAAAUUUUUUUUGCAGUUUCACAUGAAAACCGUCGACAAAUCGACGAUUUCUUUCCGUUCGCGCGAAUGUUCCAUUGAUUCCUCGAUUCUGGAUCUUUGCAUCGGAACGCACAAUUUGUACUUGCGGAGGAGGCAGCCCGACACGUUGGAGGUGCAUUUUUGAGAAACUAUUCAUAAAAAUUAGCGAAAGAAAGAACCUUUUUGACAAGGAAGAUUGGUUCAUUUUGUGGUUGGAAAUUUCUUGAAAAUUGGUCAAAAAAAUUUUUUUAUGUGAAUAAUAAAGAUAAAGAUAAAUGAAAAAAAUUCCAGGUAAGGCUUCCGAAAGUUUUAAUUUGUAAAAACUCUUUAUUUAUUGAAAAAAAUAUGGCCCCGAAGCCCCCAAAAUUAGUUUAAAUAGGUUAUUUUGAGGAGGAGCCCUUAUAGAAAAGUCAUAUUAUUUGAGAGAAGAUAUGAAAUAUCAUAAAAAAGCGGGAACAGAACAAGGUGUUUUUAUAAUACUUAUAUAUGAUGAAAAUUCAGUAAUAUUCAAUUCUGAUUGAUUAGUUAUGAUUAGUAGAAAAUGAUUUUCAUAAAUUGAAAUUUGCAAUGAAAAGAGUGAAACAAUGUGAUUUAUAAACUGAAUAGAAGUUAUCAUUUUCCUCCUUCUUGUGCCAUGAAAUAUGUUUUCUCAUUUAGGUCCAACAAAUGAAGGCUCAAGCCAAGGAAGAAAGACAGAGAAGGCAGCAGGAAAUGGCCAAACUCCUGCAUGAACGAGAAGAACGGCUGCAAGCCGAGAAGGAGUGCAACGAACUGAAGGCCAAGAUGGAAAGGAUGAACUUGGAGCUGAACAAGGCCCAGGUACUCAUUCUAAGAGCUUUGAGAACACAUAAAAACAGCAGUUUUCGUUGAAUUUGGAUCAUACAUCGGAUAGACCAUUUUAAAGGCCUUCAGUCCUCCUCUCGAGUCUUUAUAAUUAAUAUCCAAGUCUGGAGGUUAAAAGUUACUCUCAUCCUGUCUACACUACCUUUCUGCGAUCGAAACUUGUUUUAAUACCUUAUUUAUAUUGAAAUUUCUGCAAUCCGACCCCCCUCUGGGCUGGUUGAGUUAUGUACUUGCCCAUUUUUGGUUUGGGUUUCAAAGAGAUAAUUAUUUCAGCAGCUUCAUAAAAUCUUGAAAUGUCAAAAAAAAAAGUUAUGCGUCAAUUUUCGCAUCACUUACCUAUCCAUCAGUGUUGCACCGAAAAACCUGCGAAAACUUGAAUUUUCCUGGCAUUAUUAGAAAAAAAACAGUGUGCGAAAAUAGGUUCUAACAAUAAUAUAAUUUAUUAUUUUUUUCGUUGAACUGUUAGUGAAUCGAGCUUGUUCAGGUUGUAGAAGCUCUUAGAAAUUACCCUUUUAUCAAAAACCUUGCUCGGUUGCUUCAAGGUGCAGUUUUUGGAUGAUUUUGAAACAACGAAAAAAGCGUUCACUUUCAAGGAAACCAUCCGGAGAGCAGAAGAAACGAACGAUCAACUGAGCGAAAAGGCUCGUCACAGCGAACAAGAGGCCCUUUUACUCCAUAAAAAGGCGUCAGAAGCCGAGGCGGAGUGCCAUCGACUCAGCAUGAGCCACGUCAAGGUUUCACCAGAAUCAUCUUAGAAAAAAUAUAAUUAAAACAUUUUUCCAUAGUCCGAAGAAGCGCUGUUGUUAAUGGAGCGGAAAGCGCGUGAAGCGGAGAUUUACGCGCAAAGGAUUUCCAUGUCUUUGGCCGACGUCAGCCUGGAAACCAACAGAAAGCCACAUUAUUCCAGUCAGACGGCCUUGGUCGUUGAUCCGGUUGGUUUUAUCAGCAAUGAACUUGUAGAUUCUGUAUUUUUAGAAGGUUUAGAAGGAGUUGUAGGGAAUUUCACGCCAUCUUGUCACGUUUUUUUCCCAGAAAUCCUUUAUCUUCAAUAAAAUCGUCUUUUUGUUUUUUUUUGCAGUUUUUCGAGCCUUCUCGGAGCGAAAAAGCAGAAAAAGCUGUAUUUACGAUAACUUUUUUUUUGAUUUUUUUUUUCCAAAAUUCACUUUUAAUCCCCUUUUUUAUUCCAGAUGUGGGCCGGACCGCCGACGAGUUUAUCCACGGGUAAUGGCGGUAUCAUGAGCAACGCCGGGUCUCAUCAUCAGCUUAUGACCUUAGAUGGUGCGGAUUUUUAUCAUUUUGUUAAAAAAUGGAAGAUCCUGAAUAAAUUUUAGUUGGAAAAAAACUUCAAGAAAUAUUAUUUUAUCGAUAAAAAAACUUUCAAUUUAAAAACACUCUGUCAAGUGCUGAGAAUAUAUUUUUUUCUUAAUAAUUCAUACGGUAUAGUCUUUUUUUAUAAAAGAAUAGUUUUAAUUGAUUUUCAGAAUAGUGAAUUUGAAAAAAAGCAUGAAAAUUGUCUGCAGACUACGUCUUUUCGCAUUCUGACCAGGCGCUCAAUUUCACGAUGCUACCUAAAAGUUUCAGCCUUCGGAAAUCCCUACGCCGGAUCCGGCAUGACUUCAAUGACGACCAGCGCUCUGAUGACGCCGCAGCCGAGGCAAAUCCCGACGCGACCACCGCCGCCGCAUCUCCAACAACAGGCCAAUCAUCAACAAAAUGUUAAUAUCGGUCCUCCCAACGGGUAUUAUGGACAGGUGGGCAGUUUCAUUCAAAGAAUAUUUAACUAACGUUGGCUCGAAGUUUUUCCCAUUUCCAAUCUUGUUUUAUAGAAAAAUGGUGAAAUCAGACCUUUUUAGCCCUUUAGAAAAGUCUUAUUUCAGAUUUCGCAGCAUCCAGCACCACCAGACCCCUCAAUUGGACAGCUUUAUGAGCUGCAGAACAUCCGAGGAGAACUCGAAAAAUCGAGGUAAGAACGUUUUUUUUAGGUAGAAAUUUAGAAAGGGGCCAACUGUAGUUUCUAGGUUUUUUUAUAAGUUUUUUUCUAGGUUUUUUUCUUUACAGCACAUAAAAAUUUGAAAAUAAUGCUUGAAAUUUCCUCAAAACUAACAUAGAUCUUGAUUUUUCUGAAUGAAGGAGUUUGUGAAAGAAGGAAUUUUUAUUAUAACUUUUCAGAAACGAGUACGCUCAACGGGCGCGAAUGUUCAAAGAACACCUGGAAGAGCUCCGACGCGACAUCGACGGCCUCAAACGCGACAACAGCGGCGCGACGCGCGAAUAUGACGUCAUCCACGCCCAAAACGUCGCCCUCGGGUUGGAUAAGUUCUCGACGAUGCGAAUGGUGAGUGGGUAGGGAAGAAAUGUCGAUUUUUCAUCAUCGUUUCGAAAAAAAAAUGCGAAUUUUCAUCUCCUCAAUGAAAUAUGUUAUUUAUGAAAUUGAAUCCUAGUUUAUUUUCGUGAAAAUUUGAUAUAUCUCAACUGGAAGAAAAUUUGUCAUAAUUCGUGAUUUGGAAGCUAUCAUUAUAAUAGGAAAAUAAUUAUUCAAGGGAUUUUUAAUUCUUCUUUUUUUGCCUUCUUUAUUCCUCUCAUGAGGUCAACUACCGUUAAAAAAAUUUUUUUUUUAUUGCUGUAAUUUUUUUUUGGAAAAUCUUUCCCUUCUUUCUUGACGUUUCCUAAAUACCUUCAAAUUAACUAAAUGUAUUCGACUUCCUUCUAAAACUAUUUCUCGGCUUCUUAAUCCAAAUCCUGAAGCUUUUCUAUCCAUUUCUAUUGCUCGCUUCUCAUUCUUUCGCACUCCUUGAACCCACAGAUGAAAUCGAAAAGCGCCAGUUCGAUGGAGGCUUACCAUAUCGGACGGCCCUUGUUUUUGCGCCCUAGAGAAGUGGUCGUUGACCGAAGGCUGUCCCAUGACUUGAACGACGAUUUUGGCGAUUAUGACGACGGAAGCGGAUCGUCGGGCCUUCAGAUGCACAUCCUGAACAGUGUCAAUUGGUGGUGGUGGGUGUAGGUUGGGGUGGAGCAUGGAGUUCCCGAUUGCAUGGCUUGGAAUGAUCAUGCAAAAAAUUAGUUCUACGAAUUUCAAAAAUAUCCAGGUGAAUGUAGAUUUGGGAGUUGGUCACUGAUACGUUUUUAAAAAUUUUUUCCUGGUCAAGUCCAAAAUCAUCAAUAUUCUCUUGAAAGUUGUACCAGUAGGCUUUGAAAAUUUAUGAAAGUCCAAAAAUUUUAUUCAAUUCCUUUUUCGGAACUUUCUGGUCAUUGAAUAGUACACCUGUUUGUCCUAAAGGUUGAUCAAGAAAGUCUCAAAUUUCAGAAAUUUGUAUCUUUUGAAGACGGAAGCUUCAAAGGUCUCUUUGUUGUUUUAGAAUUUAGAAAUUUCAAUUUUUUCCUCUCAAAAAUCGGAAAUUCGAAAAAGUGCAGUUUUCUAGAACCUAUAUCCAGUAAAUCAAGGGAUUUCUGGAUUAUUUUUUGAAAUUUUCAAAAUUUUCUGGUAGAAGAACGUCUCUAGUUAUAUAUAACUGAGUAAUAUUCAAAAAAAAUUAGAUUCCUUUCUCCAGCUAUAUUAAUCGAUAAUAGUUUCUCCUUUUUGACUUCAGAAGCAUGAUAUGGAGGUCGCCAAUUUUUCGCAUGCAUUUUUUUCUAAUUUUUUUACAACCUCUAACACUUCACUGAACUUCUAAUCAACUUCAACGCAAAUAUCCUGAAGUUAUUAUUGAAAUAAUGAGUUUUUGUUUUUGUCAAAGAUUUUUUCCUUGAAAGUACGCUUGAUUCGAAUAUUUGUUUUUCUUCCCUGUGGUAGAUUUCAUUAGAUAUUUGAUGUUUUUGGUGUGACUUUCCGUAUUAAAGCCAAAUCCGAGAUUUUUUAACAUUCUCAGUUCAUAAGAUAUCAUGGAACAGAUGGUUCUUGCUGUUUUUGUUGUUUGAAACUUCGAAAAUAAAUUUCAGAAAAUGAAAGGAUUUUUCAGAGCAUGCGAGGUGCGCCACGACAACGCGUCGAAACUUUCGACGGAAUGUAA